GACCGCGACGCGAAGUCCUGGGUGGGCCAGCGCGAGCGCGAGGCCGUGGAGGCGCUCACGGGCCACAAGUCCAGCGAGGCGGUGGAGACGAUGAUGGAGGUGCAUGUCGUGGGGCUCAGCCACCACAAGGCCACCGUGAGCGUGCGCGAGAAGCUCUCAGUCGCGGAGCCGAACUGGAACGAGUACGCGCAGGAGCUGAUGGAGUUCGGGCGGACGCCGCAGGGCUACGUGAUCUCCGAGGUCGCCGUCCUUUCCACCUGCAACCGCUUCGAGCUCUACUUCGCAUCGCCUGAGCUCAAGAAGUUCGCCGCUAUCGAGUGUGUGCACGCCUUCUUGAGGCACAAGUCGGGCCUCCCGAGGGAAGAGCUGGAGCAGUACCUCUUCACCCACUCGGGACCCCGAGACCCCGCCACUCAGCACCUGUUCGAGGUGUCCUCGGGACUGGACUCGUUGGUGCUGGGCGAGGCGCAGAUCCUGGCGCAGGUGAAGGCGUGCCACGAGCACUGCAUCGAGAAGGCGAGCACCGAGGAGGGCGCGGAAGUCGUCGCAGGCUCUGGCGGCAAGAUCGUAUCCAAGAUGUUGAACGCGGGCAUCCGCAUGGGCAAGCUCGUGCGAACCCGCACCAAGAUCGGCAAGGGCUCCGUGUCGGUGUCUAGCGCUGCCGUCGAGCUGUGGAUGUCCAGGUGUAUGCGCGACCUGAGCAAGCAGGCCGCCAGCGCCAAGGUCUGCGUCCUCGGCGCCGGCAAGAUGUCGAGGACCCGCUCCUGGCGCUCGCGCUGUUCAGCAAGCUCCCGGAGGUCCAGUUCACCGUCGUGA